AUGGCGGCCGCGGUGCUGACGGACCCGGCGCAGGGGAAUGUGACCUUUGAGGACGUGUUCGUGUCCUUCUCCCAGGAGGAGUGGGGGCUCCUUGAUGAGGCUCAGAGGCUCUUGUACCGCGAAGUGAUGCUGGAGAACUUUGCACUGAUGGCCUCACUGGGUUGUUGGCAUGGAAUGGAGGAGGAUGAGAUCCAUUUUGAGCAGAGCAUUUCUGUGAAAAGAAUGUCUAAGGGCAUGACUCCUAAGAUGAUUCCAUCUUCCCAGAAGGCCCACCCCUGUGAGACAUGUGGCCCGAUCUUGAGAGAUGUUCUGCACAUGGCUGAGCACCAAGAAACACGUCCUGGGCAGAAACCAUACCUGUCUGUGGCAUGUGGGAAACAGCUGUGGUUCAGUGCAAACUUCCCCCUCUACAAUCAGUACAGUAGAGAGAAACCCUGCAGGAGGGACGUGCACAGGGCCCUUCUUGUGAGCAGCUGCCCUGUCCAGUCAUUGAAGACACCUUUUACCACGAGGGAGGGUUGUGAGGAUUUUCCAACCAGCUCAAGCAUGUUUCAGCAGCAUUACCCUCUUAGCAAGUGGAACCCACAAAGUGACACCCACUGUGCAGAGGUCUUUCACAGUGGACAAAAGCAUUAUGAGUGCAGCGAAUGUGGGAAGACCUUCAGCCGCAAGGACUCACUUGUUCAGCACCAAAGAGUCCACACUGGAGAGAGGCCUUACAAGUGCAGCGAAUGUGGGAAAACCUUUAGCCGCAAACCCAUACUUGCGCAGCACCAGAGGAUCCACACUGGAGAGAUGCCUUACGAGUGUGGCAUAUGUGGGAAAGUUUUUAAUCAUAGCUCUAAUCUCAUUGUACACCAGAGAGUCCACACUGGAGCACGGCCUUACAAGUGCAGCGAAUGUGGGAAAGCCUACAGUCACAAAUCCACGCUUGUUCAGCAUGAGAGUAUCCACACCGGAGAAAGGCCUUAUGAGUGCAGUGAAUGUGGGAAAUACUUCGGCCACAAAUACAGACUCAUUAAGCACUGGAGUGUUCAUACUGGGGCACGGCCUUAUGAGUGCAUUGCAUGUGGGAAGUUUUUCAGCCAAAGCUCCGAUCUUAUUGCCCACCAGAGAGUUCACAAUGGUGAGAAGCCGUAUGUGUGCAGUGAGUGUGGAAAAGCCUUUAGCCACAAACAUGUGCUUAUGCAGCACCUUAGAAUCCACACUGGAGAAAGGCCAUAUAAAUGCAGUGAGUGUGGGAAAGCCUUCAGGCAAAGGGCUUCCCUCAUCAGACAUUGGAAGGUUCACGCUGGAGAAAGGCCUUAGGAGAGCAGGGAACACUCUGUCUUAUUCAACAUAGUGACACCAGAGAGAGGCUCCAAGAGGAGCCUUUGUGAGUAGCCAUAAGCUAGAUGAGCCUCGUGUUUGAACUCCCACCCUGAGGAGAUUCUUCUGUGUGCCAGCUCUGUGGGAAGCAUUCUGGGGGCAGUAUUGUACUUUGUAACAUGCCUUGGCCACUGUGAAAGGUCUCUGCGUGCUUGCCAAAACCGUGUCACUGCCAGCAUCUGAAAGAAGCCAUACAUCUGUGCAACAGCAGGGCCCCACAUUGUGUGUA